CUCUAUUCACAACUAAAUCUCUUAAGAGGGAGAGAGGUUCACAACAAGUGUCCUCAUUAGUCAUUAUAGUGUCCAUGUCUAGUCCUUCAGUUUUUGUCACCAUUUUGGCUGUUGCCUUGGUAGCCACAGUUGCACCACAAGCCGAGGCUGCUCGUGCAUUCUUCGUGUUCGGGGAUUCGCUCGUCGACAAUGGCAACAACAACUACUUGGCCACUUCUGCACGAGCCGACUCGCCGCCUUACGGCAUUGACUAUCCCACUCACCGUCCCACCGGCCGCUUCUCCAACGGCUUUAACAUACCCGAUCUCAUCAGCCAGCAUAUCGGCUCCGAGUCCACAUUGCCAUACUUGAGCCCACAACUCACCGGCCAAAAACUACUCGUCGGUGCAAACUUCGCUUCUGCUGGAAUCGGAAUCCUCAAUGACACAGGAAUUCAGUUUGCAAACAUAAUAAGAAUCGGUGCGCAAUUGGAUUUCUUUCGCCAAUACCAGCAACGGUUGAGCGCCGUAGUUGGACAGAAACAGGCGAAGCAGCUGGUGAGCAAAGGGCUGGUCCUGAUGACACUUGGUGGCAAUGACUUUGUUAACAACUACUUCUUGACCCCAUACUCUGCCCGAAGAGCGCAAUUCAGGAGCUCUCUCCCCGCUUAUUCCCGCUAUCUUAUCUCUGAAUAUAAGAAAAUUCUCAAGAGGCUAUAUGAUUUGGGAGCCCGGAGGGUUCUUGUGACCGGAACGGGACCGUUGGGUUGUGUCCCGGCAGAGUUGGCCAUGAGAAGCAGAAACGGAGAAUGUGCGCAGGAGCCUCAACAAGCCGCAGCAAUAUUCAACCCAUUACUGGUGCAAAUGAUUCAAAGCCUCAACAAAGAGUUAGGAUCAAACGUGUUCAUUGCUGUUAAUGCAAUGGAAAUGAGCAAUUCUUUCAUCACAAACCCAAAAGCUUUUGGUUUUGUUACCUCAAAGAUAGCAUGUUGCGGACAAGGACCGUACAAUGGACUUGGACUCUGCACAGUUGCAUCGAACAUCUGUCCGAACAGAGACGUCUACGCGUUCUGGGACCCCUUCCAUCCAUCUGAAAAGGCAAACAAAAUUAUCGUCCAAUCAAUCUUGUCUGGAACUACCAAGUACAUGAACCCCAUGAAUCUAAGCACCAUCAUGGCCAUGGAUUCCAUGACCUAACAAAUAAGGUCUUAGAAUAUAUAUAUAUAUAUUUAAAUAUAUGUAAUCUAUCUUUCAAUUUCCUGUCAAGUACUCUGUUUUUUUUAAAUGUAAUAAUUCUGUGUGUCACCGUUGAAAUACAAAUUAAGCUAUUAGACCUUAA